AUGCACAAAUGGGAAUUCGUGAAUGAACACUUCAAGCGAGGGCAGAAGGAGCUUCUCUCGGAGAUCAAACGCCUUAAGACCGUGCCUCAAUCGUCGACACAUCCCCCAGAUGCUGGAAAACCUGGUGCUGACGAAAACUCUCUGUCAAACCCCGGUGGCGACGACACGGGCUCAACCUCAACCUCGUCCUCCAGUUUCAAGUACCAGGGAUCGGUGGAAACAAACACAACACCUUCUCACCAGUUAUCAAGCGAGAACAAGAAACUGAAGAAGGAUAACGAAACGCUGAGUUGCGAGCUGGCACGUGCGAGGGGUGAGUGGCAGAAAAUGGAAAAUCCUAAUUUGCGAAUGGCAAUGGGCAUUAAACCUGAUCAGAAAGGUGUGCGCAUUAGAAGAAUUGAUCCUACUGCUCCAGAAUCUAAGGUUUUGAAGUCAUCAGAUGUUAUCCAUAGUUUUGAUGGGUUGAUAUUGCCAAUGAUGGAACAGGUGUACUUUGUUUAG